AUAACAAAAGCAUUUAAAUAAAUAAAGUCACUUAUAAUCUUUUGAAUUUUAGAAGCUUAUAACAGACCAAGAAAAACCCAAUUCAUGAUUUGUUCAACUGCCCGAACUCCUUACCAGGUUAGAAAGAAAAAGCAUAUACCUUACAAGAAUGGAAGAAGUGAAGUUACUUGGAGCUUGGCCUAGUGUUUAUGGCUACAGAGUGAUAUGGGCUCUGAAGCUCAAGGGUGUCAAAUUUGAAUAUGUAGAAGAGGAUCUUUCCAAUAAGAGUGAUCUUCUUUUGAAGUAUAACCCAGUUCAUAAGAAGAUCCCUGUGCUCGUUCAUGGUGGAAAUCCAAUUGCUGAGUCCACUGUUAUUGUUGAGUACAUUGAGGAGGUUUGGCCACAUGAUCCCUUGCUUCCGGAUGAUCCAUAUGAGAAAGCCAGGGCUCGGUUUUGGACAAAGUUUGAAGAGGACAAGAGCCCCACUUUCUUUGGUUUCUUUCAUUUUGUGGGAGAAGAGCAAGAGAAGGCAACAAGAGAAGCCAAAGAGGUGCUGAAAAUAAUAGAAGAUCAUGGACUUGGGGAUAGGCAGUUUUUUGGAGGCACUAAGAUUGGACUAACAGACCUAGCCUUUGGAUGGUUAGCAGCUGGCUGGCUUGACGUCGUGGAAGAAGCAGUUGGUGUCAAACUGAUGGAAGCUAAUAGCUUUCCACGCUUACAUGCUUGGACUAAACGCUUCAAGGAAGUCCCUGUGAUCAAAGAGAACCUUCCUGCUCGAGAUGACAUGUUGCCAUAUUUCAAGCGCCUGAGGCAGAUGUUUAUUGCAUCUGCAACAUCAUAAAUGUCAGCUUUAGAAUUUUCCAUGUAUGUUGUGUUCUUUAUGUUUCGUUAUUCAGAGUUGGAGUUGAGCUUGGCCAAUAUCUAUCAUUUGAGAUAUAUCUAUUAUCUAUGCGGCUAAGAUUUACAAAUUUAUUUCCAUCCAAGUACAAAAAGAAGUGAAUACGUUUUGGGCCAAACUGCACCAAAGGCUUCGAAGGGUAGUGAGGCCCUUUGUUGUCAUUGAGAAUGCCUGAGGAGUUUUGCAACUCUUGAGCAGUUAACCCAUUUAGAUUUUGUCUGGCUUUAUUUGUGAUGGCUCUGUUAGUUAGCUUGCUUGGAAUCAAGGGAUUGGGGUUGGGUUUCGGGUAGAGUUUUAGUUCUACGGGAAACAAGGGGCUGUGGUGCGGUUUGGUGUAUUUUGAGUUUUUUUUCAUGAGCUUUUUGGGUCAUUUUGGGUAAGGUGUUUUUUUGUUUACAUUUAGAG